UUUUCGACUUUAAGAAAUUGCAAUUUUAGAAAUUAAAAUAACUAUUUAUUAUGGGUAAGAAAAAGAAUUCUAAAAAUGCAGACUUGGGGCGUGCACUUAUAAAAGAGAAAAAUACUGAAAGAAGAGGCCAUGGUUUAAAAGCCACAAGUUGGCUCCACUCGAGCGAUUUACACGAUGGGUAUGAUUGGAAUCGACUGAACUUGCAAUCUGUAACUGAGCAAAAUACAUUGGAAGAGUUUCUUGAAACUGCUGAAAUGGCUGGUGUUGAGUUUAAAGCAGAGAAAUUAAAUGUAAAAAUUGUUGGCACUGGUUCUGCAACUGGUGUGCUAGGAGAUUCAGAGAAAUGUAGAAUCAAAAAAUUGCAAGAAGAAAACUGCAAGUUUGUUACAAUACCUAGAAGACCUCACUGGGAUGAAACAACAUCUCCAGAACAAUUGGCUCUAAUGGAGAGGGAGACAUUCCUGAAUUGGAGAAGAAGUCUAUCACUUUUGCAAGAAGAAAAGGGUCUCUUAUUGACACCAUAUGAAAAAAAUCUUGACAUAUGGAGACAAUUAUGGCGAGUGAUUGAGAGAAGUGAUGUUAUAUGUCAAAUAGUGGAUGCCAGAAAUCCUCUUUUGUAUAAAACUGACGAUUUGGAAACCUAUGUAAAAGAAGUAAAUCCAUCAAAAAAGUUUAUUAUCCUUGUCAAUAAAGCUGAUUAUUUAACUAAAAAACAGAGGAGUUAUUGGUUAAAUUACUUCAAAAUGAUUAAUACAAAAGUCAUAUUUUGGUCGGCUCUUGAAGAAAUUGAGCUAAAAGUUACAAAGAGCAAUACAGAUGAUUUACCUGAAGACUAUAAUGAAAAACCUUCAUCUUCUGAAAUAAUUUUUGAAAAUAACAAUUCAAAAAUUGAUGAUAUUGACAAAAAAGAUUCCAACACUCUUUGCUACAGAAGUAGUAUUUUAGAAGAUUCUGAAGACUUAUUUAGAACAAGUCAACUGAUCUCUUAUUUUAAGACUUUUGAAAAAGUAGUUAGAGGUCCGCACUCAAAUCAUGAUAGUUAUAUUACCAUUGGUUUGGUUGGCUAUCCUAAUGUUGGUAAAAGUUCAACUAUAAAUGCAUUACUCCGGGAAAAAAAGACAGCUGUUUCAGCCACGCCAGGGAAAACAAAACAUUUUCAAACUCAUUUCUUGGAUGAAUCACUGUGCUUAUGUGACUGUCCUGGACUUGUUUUUCCUUCAUUUAUAUCCUCAAAAGCUGAAAUGGUUUUAAAUGGUAUACUGCCAAUUGAUCAGUUGCGAGAUCAUGUGUCACCUACAAAUAUUCUUUGUCAACUUAUACCUCGUGUUAUUAUUGAAAACAUCUAUGGAAUUAAUAUUCCUAAGCCUGGAGAAGGGGAAGAUCUAAAUAGACCACCUACCGCUGAAGAGCUUCUCUCCACUUACGGAAGAAUGAGAGGUUUCAUGACUGCAAAUGGUCAACCAGAUUGUCCUAGAACAUCACGCUAUGUUUUAAAAGAUUUUAUCAAGGGUAAAUUGCUUUACUGUCAUCCUCCACCUGAUGUCUCUAAUGAAGAUUAUGAACCUUGUGUAAUGAGUGAAAAAGUGAGACAAAAGAUAAUACUCAGAGAGGAGAGAAAUAAAAAGUUAAGAGGAAAGGAGCAGGUUCAAUGUGUUAAUCAUGUUGAUGAAGAUUUCUUUUCAGAAAAAACUCCUGGUUUUGGUUUUAAAGCACCCACUUCGUUGUUACCAAAUGUUAACAAUGGACAGUAUCUUGCUGUAAAUAAACCCUGGAAGAAACACGGAAACAAAAAUAAAAAAGAAAAGCUCCGAAGAAUUCAUGAUAAGUGAAACAGAGGAAAUAAUCUAUUAUAAUAAUCAAACAUUUAAAAGCGGGAAAGAAUUAAUAAAAACAACAAUUAACUUUAGUUUCAUAGACUUUAUGAAAUUGAAACUGAAAUUGUAUUUUUAUAAUGAAAACCAUAAAAUUAAUUAA